AUGUCUGCUCCUAUGUGCUGUCCCUCUCCAGCUAUGGCCACUUUUGGAAUUGGUACCAUGGUAGCGGGUAAGCCUUUCGCCGAAAUUCUUGAAGAUAUCAAGAAGUUAGAGAUCCCCCCCGCUUGCUUCUACGCCACAAAGUUUGUCUUGGCCUGGCCAUUUGUAUAUCACACAGUCAAUGGAGUUCGUCAUAUGGUUUGGGACAGAGCUCUGGCACUAACCAUCCCUGGUGUCUACAACACUGGAUACGCAGCCGUGGCUGUGUCGACUACGAUCGCUGGUCUUAUCACAACAUUGUAG